AUGAGUCCCAAUCAUCCCCACUUACCUAAUAUUUGUUCUAAUGCCAAUUCCGUCGAAUCGUCCAAUUCCACCGCCAGCAUUUUUCUCGGCGGCGUGCGGAGAUCGUGGAUGCUGAAUGCAGCGAACAAUCCCGCCUCUCCCUCUCAUUCUGUCCCCACGCGCACGUCGUAUACCGAUAAUUCGGCAACCGCUACGACUACUACCACCACCGUUGCUGCUGAUGCUGCUGAUUGGACGCGUCAACAAGGCAUGCGAGAGUCGUCCACUCUUCGCAAUAAUGCCGCGUCACUCACCACGGCGCCCGCUGCGCCCUCUCAGCUCCAGAAUGCAAUGUCCCCAGUGACUCCCGGUCACCCCCAGCAGCAAUCCACUGUUCCCGAGCCUUCACCAUGGCGCGUCGUGUUGUCUGACCGAGCGGGGACCGAUCCUGUUUCCACAUCCCCAGCGGCGACUACUGCUGCUACCACUCCCUCCUUCUCCACCACCACUACCACAGUCCCAGCGGCGAUUCAGCGGUCUGCUUCCUAUCCUACCCCAUGCCCGGUCGUAGUCCCUUCUCAAGCUUAUGACAGCUCCGGCAACGUCAACCGCAAUGGCGCAAGUCCUUCGGUGGCAGCAUUCCCAUCCCCUCGGCCAACCCCACGCUCCCAUCAGUCUCCGGUUGGGAUAACGGUAUCCGUAUCUUCACCAGUCGGUGUUGGAGCCCGGGAAAGGAGCGGCGCUCCGCAGCAAUUGCAGAGGCAAGGCUCACACGUGUCUCAUUCACACUCCCCGGCACUAUCUCCAGCAUUUCCGCCAACUGUUGGAUCUCCAGGAAAACAAGUCGUGCAAUCUCCGGUCGCAUCCCGACGGAAUCCUUUCCAUAAUACCACCCUAGAUGAUGCAUUCUAUGACAGGUCGAUGAGUGCCCUUCAAGUCUUCGAAAACCAGCUGAGGCAGAGAAAUUGUCUGGGAAAUGUUGAACAGCCCCGGGCACAACUUCUGACUCAAGCCUGUGCAGAACGUGACCCUCUCCUGACCCCGCAGGAAUUUUUCAAUGUCCCGGGAUAUACCGAGCUUCAGGCACGUGGUCUAGAUGUGAUCAGGAGGCUCCUAGUGGAAAACAGUCGCGUCUCGGGGGGUUUCCUGAAAUGGUCUGCUCAAUUUCCGGCCCCACUAAUGGGCUUGAUACAAAGUUCUCCGUAUCGAGAGGCUGUGGAGCAGGCCGGGCAAUGUCUCGGCUUGCUGGCGGAGAGAUGGCCCAUGUAUGUGCAGCAGGUGCGAUCCCGGGGAAACUUUGGGAUCACGUCCGGGCCUUUGGCGUAUACUAUCUUCCUGUCCACGUGCCGUACGCUGCCCGGAUCCAAGAAUCUACAGUAUUACCAGCAACGCUGCGCAUCGUCGCAGACCCAGAAGGUCGUUCAGGCAUACCGCUCCGUUUCCGAAACAGCUGGCAUACAGCAUCCGGCACAAUCACCGGUGUUAUCCCACGGUCCUGAUAGAGGCCAACGCUCGCUCCGGAUCUAUGUGAGCGGCAAUCGAGUAUAUCGGUUGCGGUGUAUCAAAAUACCACCGGCAACUGGGGAGGUAGCCGAGUCGGCGUGGUCUGUUGCCGAGUCGGUGUGGCCCAGCGUUCUGUAUGUUCACGUCAAUGGGGUGGAGCUCUUUGUCCGCCGACGAUUACACAAUGGCAAAGAUCUACCAUUGGAUAUCACGGACCAUCUUCGAGAAGGGGAGAACAAUGUUUCCUUGCAUUUUAUCCGCAGCCCAGUGGAAACCAACGAUAUGUUAUAUGCAAUGGGGAUUGAAGUACUAGAGGUCUCAGAUAUGGCUCGAGCAUUUUCGCUUGCGCAACUUUUACCCGCCUCAGAAUGCCGGGAGAAGAUUCGGAAUCGUGUCUCUUCAAGAUUACAAGAUGAUGAAAUUAGUGUCGUCAGCGACCACCUGAGUGUCAACCUCGUGGAUCCUUUCACCGCACGCAUAUUCGAUCGCCCUGUACGCGGACGCUCGUGCCAACAUCAAGAUUGCUUUGAUCACUUAACCUGGAUACAAACGCGUGCCUCCAAGUCCGGGAAGCGCAGCCUGAAAAACGACUGGAAAUGUCCCAUUUGUGCCCGAGAUGCGCGACCCCAGCAUCUAGUCAUCGAUGGUUACCUUCAAGAAGUGCACUCAGAGUUAGCACGCACCAAUCGACUCGAGGUGGCAAAGGCAAUCCUGAUCAAAGCAGAUGGGUCCUGGGAAUUAAAAACGGAAGCAGACACACGAGUGUCCAGUGAACGCGGUGCUGAAAACAGUAUGGGGCGAACUGCAUCUAAAAGAAAAGCCACAGACAAUAGUGGCCAUUCACCAUCUCAAAAGACAAAAUCUGAACGGGUCAGCUCCGUGAAUGGGGAGAACUCCUGCAUGACUGAUGACUUGCGCUGA